AUGUGUGCUUUGCAUGAAAUUCUCUGUUUUCCCAAUUACUCUGAAAUCAUCCAACAGGAAGUUGUUGAAUUAGAUGAGUUGUUUAAGAAUUUGAGCAUUCCUGCUGUUGUAUGCGGAGUCCUAGAAUAUAUUCCCUGGUUGCAGAAGAGAAUUGAGAUCCUUGCCCUAAAAAGAGAUGAACUUUUAGCGAUCAGAAAAUUUUCCCAAAGAUCAAAUGAUGGGCUGCGGAAUGAGGCAAAUUUUGAACAGCAUUUGGAGCAAAACUAUGGAGUUUUAUUUGAUGUGAGAGUAAAUAUGAGUGCAAUGGCGACGACAGAAGAGGUGGUGAUCACAGUAGAAUCUCCGCCAUUUGUGUUUUCUGAUUUACUGGUGUUGUUCAUGCAAGAGAAUUUGGAUUUGUUGAACACUUCUAUGUUAAAGAUAUUUUAA